AUGCCUAAAAUUGAAUAUGUUGGACGUCCAUCUCUUCAUUUCUAUGGCAAACUUUUAUCAGAAAUUGCCAAAAACUUGAAGAACCGUGCUAAAGGCAGGAUAGUUAUAAAGGAGACUGAGUUUGCAACAUUCAAAGAACCCUGCUACUACAUUUUGGAUAACGUUGUCCCACUAAUGUCCGACACAUCCUCUGUUAGAUGUAGAGCUUGGGGUAGAAGAAUAUUUCGGGGUCGAGAUUUAGGCUACGCUCUCAUACCAAAAACACAUGAAGCAGAUUGGCGUCUUCUUUCACCUAGCGAAGCAGAAGAUUUGUUGAAGAAGAAUAAUUUAGUUGCUCCAGAUGUUCCAGUCAGUUGUGUUGCUCAAGCACCUCCUUUGUUGACAAUUCUCUUACGUAGAAAGCAUAUACUCCCACCAGAAGUAGUUGAACAGGCUGAAAAAUCAACACAAUCCUUAUCUAUGCAACAGUCAAUGAGAGAGGCUAGUGGAUUAUUACUGUUAACGCCUCACCAUUAUGAUCCAACAGACUUCAAAGUUCCUAUAGAGCCAACGGAAGAAGAAAAGGCGCGUAUGUAUCCUCCUUAUGAAUGGUCGUCCAAAAAGGGAUUGAUUAUAAAGCCUAAUUUGAAUAAAGACACUUAUCUAAUUCGACGGUCAGAUACGCCUGGAUUAUAUUGGCGUGUUCAUUUGUCUAAAUCAACAGAAGGCGAUUCCGUUAAUGAGACAAUAGAAUAA